AUGUUUCACGUGGCCGGCAAACCGGUCCGUACACCGCCUCUGGUAUGUAUAGAGCUCCGUCCAAACAGGGGAGCAAGUGGUCCAUUGCAUUCCCGCGGAGCUAGCAGCGGGCCUCAGAAGUGCAUCACGCCGUACGUGUGCUUGGGCUGUCGGAGUCGGAGCAGAUUGCUGGCCAGAGUCUCACACGUGCGCCGACACGAGAUACGCUCGUUCAGCAGCGGCGCCUCCAAGAAACAGCGCACGCCAGCGCACACGGGUUUUGGUGCGGACUUCGACGGCAGAGCCGCAGUCGACGGCAGCAGCGACAAUGGCAGUGUCACGGGGCGGUACUCUCGUAGGCCGCUGGGUCCCGAGCAAUUGCUAGAGGAGGUGGACAAGCCUGAGCAGAGGCGCCGUGAUGGAAAUGCCAGCAACACGCACAACAGUCCACCAGAAAUGCGACAUGCUCAACGAUGGACUGGCUCUCACUCUCUUGAUCCCGAGCUUCAGAAGCAUCUCGAUGCGUACCUUGAUCAAAGAUCGGCACGAGAUGUCCCAGCGGCAUGGUCUACAUUGCGAGAGAUCGGGAAGUGCUGCGCACAACGUCCUGUCCGGGACAUACGUGCUCUCUACAAUUCAGGUCGACCAUUCAUUUCAGCCGUAAGCUGGCUUCUCCUGCAGUCGAUCCGCAAGUGGGUAGAAGACGUGCAGAAGGGCAAUGCUCAAACGGAUGUCGCCUCGCCCUACCAGGUCAUGCAAGUCAUGCAUGGCUUGAACAAUACCCUGGCCCAGCUUUACCAGCCUCCUUUGUGGUUUUUGGCACACCUAAUUUCCACGGUGCGAUUCUCCGACGGCGGCGAGGACAGUCUUGUCGUACGCCAGGGAAGAGAAGAGCUUGCCAAAAUGUGGAGACUUUGUAUGGGAGGCCAUCUCACCCGCCAGGCCCUCGGAGGGCGCAUAACUGAGGAAAACCGCAUCCAAUUCGCUUCGAUCGCUGUGCGCGACGAUGACUGGAGCUUCCUUCCACCUACAACUUUCUUUGCCUCCCACGCAGCAGACCAACGCUCUCCAGACAUGUUUGGCAGUAUGCUUGGCAUGCUAGUGCCGCAACCGAGUCACGACAUUUUAGUGAGUAACAUGGGAAGGCAUCGCUGUGACUAUACAAGUGCUGCUAUUGUGACUUGGGAUCUCCUUCAGACACUGCCUCCCGUUCUAUAUGGAGGCUCGCCACUCUACGCGCCCCUUGCAACGCUGCUUGGUGCGAUCGUCAAGCACGCACAUGCACCCCGUGUACCGGUGCUCAUGCUGGACAUGAUGAGAAAAUCCAAUGAGCCAGGACUUGUCGAAGGCUACCGCGCUAUGCUUGCUCGCGUCCACUGCGAAGAUCUGCCAGCCGUUAUGCGAAACCUAAAGACGACAAAACGUACCAAGGAUACACAGACGACGCCCACUUCCUCGAGCGGAAUCAGUCAGGAGGUCCAUGAACCAGUAGAUUCUGACCACAAUUCUACUGCUGAUCCAACACUGACUUUGCGCCAUGAUGGCCGAAGCCCCGAGACGCUCAGCUAUGCUUCUACUCAGAUCAAGAGGCUGGGAAGAGCCCGGGAGCAACAGAAUUUGCACGCUGUGGAGCAGCUCAAGAAUGAAAUUCUCAGCCACGCGAAGCAAUUCGUGACGGUGAAAGACCGCCUUCCCAUAGAGGUAUACGAGCAUCUCAUGCUCGCUGCGCUAUCAUUGCGAAAUCCCAAAUUGGCCAUCGAGAUAUGGAACGUUCUACCUCAGCUAGGUUACAAACCAGACCUCAAAACCUUUACCGUGAUGCUGCAAGGCGCACAAAGUAUGGGAGAUGUCGUCGGUAUGGAGGCAUUCUGGCAGAACAUGCGUAGCGCUGGAUUCCAACCUGACGCCCAUGCGUGGUCGAUCCGAAUCUUUGGCCUACUGAAAAAUCGCAGUCGACUCAAUCGUAGCCGACAGACAGGCCUCGAUGCGCUUCAUCAGAUGGGACAGGAGUGGUUGGCGGCGGCACGGGCGAAAGAGGGCCAAGAUCGGACGUUGGAAGGCCAGAAACAGCAGCCAAGCAAAGCCAUCAGCUCAACUGAAUUGCUUCGCAAGUACUCUGGACCUGUUGACGGGGUACCGCGACCUACCGUGGAAAUUAUGAAUUCGGCAAUAGCUGGCUUUGCGAUCGUCAAACCAGAUGAGAUUCCCAAUGUCUUUGCGUGGGGCCGCGCAUUUGGCGUCGAGCCAGACCUCAGCACCUACAAUUCAUUGCUCUCCCUAUCGAUGCGCAGAAUGCAAACAGAAGAGGCGCUGGGGAUCCUCCGUCAAAUGCAGAAGCGUGGAAUUGCCGCUGACAGCACAACAUGGUUUGUGCUCUUGGAAUCGCUUUUCUACAGCGGGUUCUUCGACAGCAUGGACCAUGGAGAGCAAGAGGCAAAAGUCAUUGCACUUAUUGACGCGUUGGGAGACAAAGACUUGGGUCUGCCUGACAUUGAUGAGAAAGCGUAUGCCCUGAUCAUUGACCGCCUCAUCAAGAGAUAUCAAAACGCAGCCGGCGCGGACGCGGUAUACUCCCAUAUGGUCAAAUCUGGUCAGCAACCCACUCCUCACAUCCACACGAUUCUAAUGAUGUCUUACUUCGACCGACAACCCGAGCCUGACUUUGCAUCCAUCGAGAGCCUAUGGCGAAAAAUCCAGGAUCCAGGAACGGGCUUCUCUGGCCUCGUGGACACCAUCUUCUUCGACCGCAUGAUUGAAGGUUAUGCCAAGAACCACCGUAUCGUCGGCACAAAGCCUAUGGAAGAUUUCUUGAGCCAUGCCAGGUCAUCGGGGAAGCAGCCUGGCUGGCUGGCACUGGGAAGAGUUGCUCAAGCUUAUGCCGCAAGGGAGCAAUGGGAUAAGCUGAGGAAUCUCGUCGACCAGGUACAAAUUGCGCAGAGAGAAAACAGUAGCCGAUUUAUGCGUAAAGGAGAGGAUGACUUCUGGAAGGCAAUGGAGCGACGAGGUUUAGGGGAAAUGAGCGUGACAGUUUGCUGGCGAGGGCGGCGCAGAAUGACGCUCGCGAUGCUUUCGCACCACCGUGGUUAUGAUCUCCCUCCCUCUCUCACACCCAGCGCAUGAUGAGAAAAACACAAGCGUUACUGAAAUGCCAGAUUACCUUAUUUGCAAGAAGAAUACAUUAUUAC